UUGUCAGCUCAUUGGUCGUUUACAACGAAUGGACAAGGGCGUUCCGGCAGCAUUCAGACUUUCAGAGUGCCAAAAACCACUCGCUAUCGAAUCAGAGCCUGGGGAGCACGAGGAGGAACGCACUCCACAAACUAUGGUAAUUAUCCCGGAACUUACUACGGUGGAAAAGGUGCAUACAAAGAGGGCACGUUUACCUUGAGUAAAGGAACUGUACUGAAGAUUGUGGUGGGACAAAGAGGAGGAGAUUCAGUGGAGGUAAAAGAUGGACAGUCCACUACCUUGACAGCAGCUCAGCUGGGGCUGUCCGUAGAGGACAAUGCUGGAACUGGGGGAGGCGGAGGGAGCUUUAUUUAUACAACAAGUAACGUGCUUUUGUUAGCUGCUGGAGGAGGAGGGGGUGCAUCUAGCGGGUAUAACGGGGUGGAUGGUCAGGCGGGUACUAGCGGCACCAGUAGCGUUGGAAGAGAUUCAAGUCAGGUUCGUAGCGGAGGAACUGGAGGGAAUCCUGGUCAGUGUAACAGUGCAGGUGCUAGUUACCAUGGAGGUGUGGGUGCGGGAUGGUUAGGCCAAGGUUGUUCCAGGGCCGGGUCUGACCAUGGUGAAAGGGGUGGAUCGCGUGCUCAGGGCUGGGUAGGUGGACGUGCUGGAAGAAUGAAUAGUGGCUACAACGGAGGGCCUCCCCCUGGGGCCGUAGGAGGGUUUGGCGGUGGCGGAGGGGGAUCGGAAGAUAAUGGUGCAUCAGGAGGAGGUGGUGGAUACUCUGGGGGAGGUAGCGGCACACACUCAAACCAAGCAGGCGGGGGAGGGGGCUCUUACUGUAGUGGCUCGAAUUGUUCAGGGAUGAAUGGAGGUAACUCAAAUGACAAC